AAAAGAGAAAAAACAAGUGCGUGUUGUUAAGCCCACCACAAUCCCCCAAUUUAAAGGUACCAACCAGUACAUUUCUCCCUCAGAGACUCUCUCAAGGUCUCAACACAUCCAAAAAGAAAAAAAAAAGAAAAAAAAAAGGGGAACAAAGAACUAUCAACACUCACUAUGAAGUCCAGAUUACCAGUCUUUUCUUUCCUCUUCCUUGAUCUUUUUCUCAUACUAAUCUCUACCAAUAUUUCUGCCCAAAAACAAGUACAAUUCAGAGAAGCUCCUCAAUUCUACAACUCCCCGGACUGCCCCUCCUUGACCGCCGACGACAACGAGGCCGAAGUGGACCCCGACGAAAACGACAACCACAUAUGCUCAGAUCACGCCGUCCACGUGGCAAUGACUCUGGACACCGCCUACAUCCGUGGCUCAAUGGCCGCCAUCCUCUCCGUCCUCCAACACUCCUCCUGUCCACAAAACGUCCUCAUUCACUUCGUCGCCUCCGCCUCCGCCGACGCGUCCCUCCUACGCGCCACCCUCUCCUCCUCCUUCCCCUACCUGAAAUUCCAAAUCUACCCCUUCGACGACUCCGCCGUCUCCGGCCUCAUCUCCACCUCCAUCCGCUCCGCCCUCGACUGCCCUCUCAACUACGCCAGGAGCUACUUGGCCAACCUUCUCCCCCUCUGCGUACGACGCGUUGUUUACCUCGACUCCGACCUCAUCCUCGUCGACGACAUCGCCAAUCUCGCGGCCACCGAACUCGGCGACAAAUCCGUCCUCGCCGCUCCCGAAUACUGCAACGCCAAUUUCACUUCCUACUUCACCCCGACCUUCUGGUCCAACCCUUCUCUCUCCCUCACCUUCGCGAAUCGCAGGCCUUGCUACUUCAACACCGGCGUGAUGGUGAUCGAUCUGGACCGUUGGCGAGCGGGGGACUACACGAGCAAGAUCGAGGAAUGGAUGGAGCUACAAAAGAGAAUGAGAAUUUACGAAUUGGGGUCUUUGCCUCCGUUUUUGCUGGUAUUCGCGGGGAACAUUGCUCCGGUGGAUCACCGUUGGAACCAGCACGGCCUCGGAGGGGAUAAUUUCCGAGGCCUCUGCAGAGACCUUCAUCCCGGCCCGGUCAGCCUCUUGCAUUGGAGCGGGAAAGGCAAGCCGUGGGCCCGCCUCGACGCCAACCGGCUAUGUCCGUUGGAUGCUCUCUGGGCUCCUUACGAUCUUCUGCAGACUCCAUUUGUUUUGGAUUCUUGAGAGAAGAAAGACAUCAUGGAGAGGUUGAAUGCUGUGAACUAUGACGCACGCUCGUCGAUCGAUCGAUGAUCAUCAUGAUGAAGAAAAAAGUUGGUAGUUUGUGUUAAUGAUUAUGAUGAUCUUGUUUUGUAGAUUUGUAGAGGUGAAGAAAAUUAAAACUUAAUACUAUCUGUAUCAUAGAGAAAAUGUAUAGGGCAUAAUCAAAUUAAUUGCCAUAUGGUUUACGAUGCAAUAAGUCGGUAAAAUUCAUAUAUGUUUUUACCUACGAAGAUGCACAAGAAUAUAAUUUGUUAUAACCAGAAUAUGUAAUCUGUAUAGCAAAAGAGCUAUUCUGAAUGGUACAAAUAUGAAUAUUUGUUUGUGAUUAAGCAAAUGCAUAGUUUUAAUAAAGUUUUUUAUAUAUUUUUCAAUGCCA